AUGGCCGAUCCUGUAAUGCUACCACGUAGCGUAUCGGAUUCCUCGCUCGCUGUUGGAUUCUUCGCAGGCUCAAACUUGUCAACAUCUAGCAAACCUUUGGAAGCAAGGAAGAGAACGAUAUCUGUCCCAGAGUUAUCUAUAUCUGAUCUGAAUGAUCCACUGUUUACCCAGCCAAAUCCGGACUCGCUGUCGACAUCGAGCAUCGAAAUCGAAAAUCUUCAGCUUCUGAAGAAAUCGCUCAGUAAACAAAAUAUGGCUCUCCCAUCACAACCACCACCUAGAGUCGAGUCAAGUCAGCGACUUAAUCAUUUAAUAUCUAAGCUGGGAACGUUGGAUGAGUCAAUUGUAAGGGCAAAGCUUAUGGUUGGCAACAGUAAUAGUAAUAAUCAAGUAGCUCCUCAGAUGAUCAAGCCUAUAGUAACUGCUUUGAAUGAACAGGAUAAAGGGAUGACGUCGCCUGUUGUUGUUACAUCGCCUCCACCUUCACCAACAAACUCUAACGGAUCUGUACAGAACUCGCCCUCACCGCCGGAACCCAUUGCUAUUAUGAAGCCUUCAGUAGCUCGGUCUUCUAUAAAUACAGUGCCGGUGAAGAAGGAAGAAAAAGUCGUAUCCAUUGCUGGUAUAAACAUCUUGACUGACAAUCCGAGUCACUUGUUCUGGGUACCUGCUCAUUUACAUCCGGAAGUGCAUCCAAACCAAUUCAAGAAAUGGGUUGCCCAACAUACAGGAAGAAAAGAGCCAGGUCUAUUUGGCAACGCCAGGUCAUUACGACGACAAAACUCGUUAAUGAAUGAACAAGUCAUAGUAACUGCUGAUACCAUCGAUGCAUUCUUGGCUCGGGAUGCCAUUCAAAAAAGUACCCGAUCCAACUCGACCAUGUCCAGUACCUCGAACGGUACUAAUACCUCAUCAUCAUCAGCAGCAAUGUCAAAGAGAGGACCGAAUCAACCACCAUUGAAAAGAACUCAGAAUAUACAAAAGAAACGACCAACUACUCCCACAAGAUCACCAAUACUAGGUAGUGCACGUGCUGAAAACAAUGAUGGAUCGAGUGAGAGAGGUAGAACGCCUGAACCACCUGUGGAAGGUGGAGAGACUGUGACUCCUCGUAAAAUAUCUGCCAGGAAACCGUCGCGGUCGCGUGAUCGGACUGAUCAUGAUAUUAUUGAUAAGAGUAUCAACAUGAAUAGUAGCACCAACAACAGCACUAGUAGUGGUAGACCCCCAUCAUUGCCGGCUCUGCCCGAGACUGAAGAGCCCGUAACUACUCGACAAGCAGAAUCGAGAAAUGGUGUAGAGCUGUCUGAAUCCGAGUACCCGGACCCUCAUUUAGCUCUCAAAAAGAACAAGUCGUGGUUGGGACUUGUUCGGGAUGCCUUUAGUAGUGGUAGUAAUAGUAGCAAUAACAUGAACAGCCUAUCCUCGUCGCUGUUAUUGAACGGAUCAUCACCACAGAUUGUGUCUAAUGUGACACCAUCACCACCAUCAACUCCUGACGCAAUAUCCACAGCAGUAACGGCUAUAAUUGACCAACAACAAGAGCCGAUAAUAGCAAAAACUCCCAUGAGUUGUCCGUCCCGAUACCCCAUAGAAGUCGAGCAAUCCAUAUACCGUGACUCGCAUUAUAAACUAGCCCAACCACGAAGACCGCUACGCCAACAAGUAUUACUAUCUAAUUUAAUGUUGAGUAUAUUAGCUAUACAUGGUGGAUUACUAGAUGAUGAUGGAAUGUAUGGUAGUGUACAUGACAGGCUGAUGGACUCUGCUCCACCGUCAAACAAGCCAGACAAGAAGAAGAGGAAACAUACGAGGAGGAGAAGCCGUAGUCCUUCGCCCUCGUUUUGUGCUUCAUUGGCAUCAUCAGCUGCUACAACAACUGCAUUAACAUCAGUAGCAUCACAAUCUGUAUCAUCAACACGAGGCAAUUCAAAGUCGCUAGAAUCGGUGUGGACGCCUGUAUUAGAACCUGAAUCUGCAUGGUGGAAUGCUAGUAUGUCGUCUCUAGAUAAUUAUACCUCUAGUGACAACGAGACACGAACAUCAACACCAUCACAACAAAGACCAUGUUGGCCUCAAUACAAUACGUCACCAUGGUCGUUUGAUAAUCUCUUAACCACAUCUAUAACUUCAUCAGCAUCAUCGUCAUGGUCAGUAUCAUCGUCUACUGAACGUGAUUUAAAGCAUCUAUCAGCUAUAAAAGAUUAUACCUCUGUAUGUACAUCUAUACCGACAACGGGAUCAUCAACAGCUUUAUAUUGGCAACGGACACCAUCAUAUGAGAACAAUGAGUCUGGGUUUGAUGAGGGAGCAUUCCAAAUUGGAGUGAAGAUGCAACAACAGCCACAACGAGAUCAUUCGUUGAGAGGUAGCAAGAGUAAAAGUCUUGUGAAUGACGAUGACGUGCCUCUAGGUUUUGGGAAAGCAACAUGUCACUGUAUUGGAAAUAUUUGUGGAAAUCGUAGUAGUACUGCUACUAGAGUUGGAUAUGCUCUCAUGUUUUUGCUCAGUUCAAUGUUAUCAUGGUUGUUCUUGACCGAUUGGGCAAUCAAAAAGCUGGAAGGCAUGAUACCAGGUGGCGGAUACCUUCAUCUAACAUGUCCUGAGGGGAAGUGUUAUGGAGUCUUGGCUGUGACAAGGAUUUGUUUUGCUACUUCACUUUUUCAUCUCCUCCUAUCCCUUCUAAUGAUAAACGUAACAACCUCAAAAGACUGGAGAGCAUCAGUGCAAAACGGAUUUUGGGGUUUUAAAUUGAUUGCAUGGAUUGGAUUGGUCUUUGCUGCCUUUUUUAUACCAAAUGGAUUCUUUGUUGGAUGGAGGACGUAUAUUGAUAUGCCUGGUGCUGCCAUCUUUAUAUUGAUUCAGAUUAUCUUGUUGAUUGAUUUCGCGUAUACGACUAGUGAGAGUCUUGUUGAGGCUUACGAGAAUACUGAUGACAAGAGAUAUCUUGGAGUCCUAGUCACAAUAACAGCUGCCGCAUUCAUAACAGCCUUGGUGGCCAUCAUCUUGAUGUACUUGUGGUGGGGGCAGCCGCCUUGUAAACUCAACCAAUUCUACAUAUCAUUAUCCUGGAUCCUAUGCUUCCUGGUUACCCUCCUAUCCAUAACACCAGCAAUCCAAGAAGCAAACCCGAAAUCCGGUCUAGCUCAAGCAGCAAUGGUCACCAUAUACGCCACAUACCUUGUCGCAUCAGCUCUAACAAGUGUGCCAACGCCCGACGGUGACUACACGUGUAAUUUCUCGAACGAGCCAGGCAAAUCAACGACAACCAUGACUGCUUUUGGUGUUGUCUUCACGUUUAUAGCUUUGGCAUAUUCGGCAUCUAGUGUGGGCACUAUGGGAAGUGGUGAUGAGGAGGCUCCGCUUAUUGGUGGUGAUGAUGAUGAUGCCAAGGGACCAAGUGAUGAUGAGGCUGAUGGAGUGCAAUACAGUUACUCGUACUUUCAUAUUGUAUUUGCACAGGCUGCCAUGUAUGUUGCAAUGCUAUUGACGAAUUGGAACACAUUCGAAAUGCUCUCGGACGACAAUGCAAUCGUUGGAAAGAGUAUGGGUGCCGUGUGGGUCAAGAUUGUCUCGUCUUGGGUCACUUUGAUAUUAUAUGCCUGGACAGUCAUUGCACCUCUCGUAUUAGCCGAUCGUGAAUUUUAUUAA